AUGUUCCUCGACCAAACGAAUGGAGAGACCGGCGACUUGGGAUCACUCUCUCUUGGGAGUGUAAUGGCUAUCUUGAACGAUGCGACGAUGAGCAAUGCUAGAAUCCUGCACCCGCCUGUUAAGCCCUGGGCCUCCAAUGCUUCAGAUCAAUUGCCCCAGCCAUUAGUGCCCCCAUGGGCUAAAUUUGGGGAUUCCGCUUUCGCGUCUCCGGGAGUCAGCAUUCGUAUUCAGGGACUGUACGACCCCGCUACAAAGGACUCAAGAUGUCUAUUCCUCAACUUGAAUGUUGGAUUUUCAGAACUCCCUGGGUCAGAUCCAUCAUGCCUCUACGAAAGACCCAGGCAGAUCGAAUUCGAAUCGGGAGACCAUUCUAUCACUUACUGGACUGUGUCGCUGAACGAGAUCAAAGUAAACAAUUCAUCUCCCAUCCGACCAACACUCGACUCGUAG